AUGGAUAUUCCCCAUCGUGCUGCGAGGCCGGCCAUGGCCCUACCGACUCCAGAGAUUUAUGUACAAGACCCCUCAGACCGAUUUCGAACAUCAAGCAGGUCGAAUUCCUACGGUUCGAUCCUCUCCCCGAAAACCUCCUCGAUACCAAUGUCAAUACCGAACUCGAGGGAACCUGGUCCUCCUCCGCCGCUCCCACCACCGAGACAUUUGCAGGAUAUAGUGGACAGUGGAAAGAGCGGCCCUGAUCUUGCGUGGAAAUUUGGCAAUUCGCACGAAUACAACAGCGACUGGGGCGGAUCAGUAUCAUCAUCAGUGGCACCUGGGUCGAGUCUAUACGGAAGUUUCAUGGGAAGACGGGGGGACGAACGAUCAGAACGCCGUGGAAGUUCUAUCUCUACGAUCAAAUCCACCGAUUUCAAAGAGAACUCAUACCCCAGAUUAGACGAAGGUUAUGUUAGUCAAUCUGGAACCAGCAUCGGAUCAAAUUUUUCGAAGUACCAAGACUCAAUCUCUCCAGCCGCAGGCUUCCAAAGCUCAGUUCACGACAAAUACAGAAGCAACAAUGCUCAAGCAUACGACAAGUCCUUGCUGCAGAAAUUGGACGCUAGAAGAGGCACAGACAACUCAACCCCUCCCGGCUACAACAAAUCAAUAUUCAGUUCCUCAGCGAACGAUACUUCGCCCACGUCGCGAAUAGCCCUAGAGCACCGACACCCAAGUCAACUAAAACCACUGUCGCUGCCAAUUAUCACGAGCAGGCCAGGUCUGGUGGAAAGUCCGUUGAGUCGAUGGGCCGCGGAUACUCCCCUCUCGGGGAUAUCUCCGGGUGGGAAUUCAUACUAUAAAUUCGGAGGUCAGGGCCAAUUCGAUCACCGGUCCCCAAGCGACACAGCAGAAUCUGAUAGAUCUCCUCUUCCAUACAUUAAGCGCUCUGGUAGCGGCUCUGUGCCAGACGAUGCUUCUAGUGUCACAAGCAGGUCGCGAGAGAGCUACGAUCAUAGGGUAUCUCCUGACCACGAUGCGGAAUUUCACAUGGAAGAGACUGGUUUCACACGUCUGCAGAUUGACGAUUACUCGAACCGAUCUGAUGGGUACUCGCCUGGCGCAACGGUCGGCCAAAAGAGACGUGCUUCCUCCCCUCCAGGAGACGAUGGUCCAUCUUUGCAUACUGUGGGCAGCGCAAGUGACCUUUUCAGGAGGCGCGAAUCCGGCUCUCGUACCUCCCCGUCUCCUCGUUUUCACUCGACUUCUGGAUCUGUAUCAUCCACUGCUUCUGGCCCGAGGAACAAUUCAUAUGCCUCCUCCUUGUCGGUUGCUGCAAGCAGUAUUACAAGUAUGGGCUCAUAUGGGAAAUUGUCUCCUGGCAAUGUCUCACCAGGAGGUAUGGACCUGGACUCACCAUACAUUACAUCAAAUCCCAGUCCCCGCUCCUCCAUCUCUAGGGCACAUCACCAGCGCAAUGUCUCAGAAACUAGACCUCUUCUGACAUCUCGAAAACUAUCGGACAGUGCUCCCCACUCCAAGCACAAUAAUGCUCCCUCUAAAUUACAAGGCGUGUUUAUGUGCGAGUGCUGUCCCAAAAAGCCCAAAAAGUUUGACUCCCAGGAAGAAUUGAAUGUCCACGAACAGGAAAAGCAGUACCAAUGUGCAUAUUGCUGUAAUCGUUUCAAGAACAAAAACGAAGCAGAACGACACCAGAACUCUCUGCAUCUACGGCGUCAUUCGUGGUCUUGUGCAGCCCUCUCCGGCUAUGCAGCAGCGUUUCACAACUCGCCCACUCGACCCAACGAAGCCGACACCUGUGGUUACUGCGGCGAAGAUUUUCCCCGCUCCGGGAUCUCCUCCCCUGCAGUGUCCGGCCCUCCCGUUUCGGUCGCCACAGAUCAAGACUGGGAGGUGCGGAUUGGCCACUUGCAGGAGAUGCACAAAUUCGGGGAAUGCAACCAUGCGAAGAAAUUCUUUAGAGCAGACCAUUUCAGGCAGCAUUUGAAACACAGCCAUGCAGGCACGAGCGGGAAAUGGACAAACAUGCUCGAGAACGCGUGCAUGAAAGACGAGCCGCUGCCAGAGCCCAUACGGGGCCCCGAAAGAGUGAGUCCUGGCGGCGUAAGGGUUGGACGAAUUAGCGAAGAGGAGGAAAUGGAGAUCCUUUGA